AUGCCCGAUAUCACCCAGCUCUCACUCGCGCACAACCCAGACAUUUUCACCAUCAUCUGCUUCAAUGACGGUUUCCAACACGCACUCGAUUUGAACGCCAUCAAGACCCUCCUUCGAGUGUGCAAACGAGCCCAGUCUCUCCUGAGCUCCAAGGUGCCUCGCCUCCACUCCUGGUGUCAGAGUGCAGAACUGUGCCAUCCAGACCGACGGUUGCGGAUCGGCCUCACACCGAGCGACAAGAUUGCCAUCUCGCUUCAUUGCAAGGAUCAAGGCACAACCGAUAGAUCUUGGAUCGUUGCCUUGGCCAGCCGGAGCAAUACUGCUGCAUGGUUCUUUAUGGCAAGGAUCCUCCAACUCGAUCUUAUCGGUCCGUUGUCGGCGAACAUGCCCAAAAAGGGAAGGAUCAACCAGCGAAUCCUGCGCCAUCUGAAGAAGGCUGCUGAUGCCGGCCAUCUCAUGGCACAGCUCCACCUGGCCGGGUGCUAUAACGAUGGCAUCGUAACCAAGAAAGACUACGCCAAGGCCUUCGAGCUGUAUCAAGGGCUUGCAGAACGUGGAAUGGCGCAGGCCCAAGUUGCCCUCGGUCGAUGCUAUGAGAAUGGCGAAGGAGUUGAUCAAGACUUUGAUACAGCCAUCGAUUGGUAUUCCAAGGCCGCAGAUCAGGCCAGCGAAGACGGUCGUCUCCACAUUGCAUUCUUCCGUGGAUGGUUCUCGUUCAUCGGCCGCGAUGUCGACCAGAGUGACGCCGACGCCUUCAGCCACUGGCAGGAAGUCAGCACCCAGUCCAUCAACCCGGUCCACAAGUCCAUCUCCACCCAUAUGGUCGGCUGGAUGCACUACCUUGGCCGUGGUACCCAGCAAGAUAAGCAGAAGGGCGUCAAAAUUAUCCGAGAUAACGAAUCGGAUGAGUUCAAGCUCGGCGAAACCAAUUGCUUAUCCGUCAUUUGGAGCUCGACUACCUCGUCCGAUUCACUUGCAGCCCGCGAGUUCUUCGAGCUAUGUCGGAUUGGAUCAGACCGAGACUGGCUCAGUAAUCAUCUCAUGGCUGUGUGUCUGGUCCGAGGAUUCGGAACCAUGCAAGACCGAAUGAGGGCAGCGGGCAUCUUUGAGCAACUUGCCAACGAGGGCUACAGCGACAGCCAGUUUUGGAUCGGAGAGUGCUUCUACCAAGGUUGGGGUGGACCGACGGACCGCAAGAAGGCAUUCGAGUGGUUCAGCAAGUCGGCCGACCAAGGCAACUGGUUCGGGGAGUGGAUGGUUGGUUUGUGCUACUUGCUUGGCACAGGAGUCACCCGGGAUCGCUCUAAAGCAAUCGAGUGGUAUCGCAAGUCGGCCGAGCAAGGUUACCGGUACCCACAAGCUUCUCUCGGCGACUGCUAUAAGGAUGGAUGGGGUGUUGACGCAGACAUCGACACCGCCGUCUUCUGGUACCGCAAGUCCGCCGACCAGGGAUAUCAAAUGGCCAUCAACAGCCUUAUAAAACUCGGCCAGUGGCCCUCACCUUGA